AUGGGUGCUCCUGAGAUUAUAAGAGUCAAGAGGAAACGAAAUGGUGACUCUGUGCAUGCUUUGUUCUUAGAAGACGAUCAUAAGGCCAAGAGGGGCCGUUAUGUUUUCAAAUUAGCGAAAACAGUCGAACGAGAAUCUUUGGGAAAUGAUAAGGAUGGGUUUUCACCGUUGCUGAAAACUACGAAUGACGGUUCGAACCGACACUUCGUAUUGGAACAGGAGAAGCGUAAGCUAGAAUCGGAAGAACUCCCAAUUCCCAUCUCAGAGAUGCUUGAUGAUUACUUGACUCUCCACAAGGAUUCCAAGGCAAAUCGUUUGCCCAAGCGGAAACGCCUUCAUAAUGGGAAGAACGCCGGCAGUUUAGAGACGUCCGAGCCCACGACGCUGGACUAUGUCUACGACAUAUAUUACAGGGAAUACAUUUCAGAGGACGAGUACGUUUUCGAUGAAAAAACGGUGGGAUACAUCAGGAUUGUCGAAGAGAGUGGAUCUGUCAUACCGGAAGAGGCUGAUGUUGACGAAUCGGGGCUUCUGUCAGAUGACCAGGAUUCAAAUGAAGAGACUUUUUACCAAAACGAUUACCCUGAGGAUGAGGACGACGAUAGAUCAAUCGAUUUUGGGGACAGCGAUGGGUCGCGCGAAGUACCUGCAGAAGUUGAAGAAGGAGAAUCAGAUCACUUCGAGACUCUCUUUGAACAAUUCGACGGUCAUAGCGACAUUUUGGAUUUUGUUAAUGCUCGCGACGAGUUGCAUGACCAGCACAAUUAUGACGAGGGCGAUUACGGCGAAAGUGACAAUUUCGAAAACUCUGAUAUUGUCGCCAGUGGAUUUAACACCGCUAGUUUUCGACGGAACAUGUUUUUCCCUGGCGAUAUUGACGAUCCGCUAGCAAUUCAUCGAGAUAGAAUUUUCAAUAAAUUGGAAACCAUGAUUAAAAAAGGCUGA